UAAGGUUAAUCAAAGAUGGUGUACAAACGAAUGGUGGAAAUAGGGCGCGUGGUCUUUGUUGCCAAAGGUGAUGGUGAUGGAAAAUUGGCAGCAAUUGUUGAUGUUGUUGAUGGGAAUAGAGCGUUGAUUGAUGGACCAUCUACAGGGGUGAAACGUUCGGUUCGUAAUUUUAAAGACCUUCAUUUGACAAAGUUUCGUAUACCACUGAGACAUGGAAUGCGUACAAGGAAUGUCAAAAAAGCAUUUGAUGCAGAAAAAAUCAGUGAGAAAUGGACAGAAACUUCAUGGGCGCAAAAGCUUGCUAAAAAGGAAAUUAAAGCAAAGAUGACAGAUUUUGAUCGGUUCAAAUUGAUGCGUGCCAAGCAGCUGCGAAACAGGUUGGUGCGUUUGCAGGUGGCCAAAUUGCGCAAGACAAAAAAAGCUGAGAAAUUGACUAAAGGGAAAUGAAAGGAAUUGUUUGCUUUUCAUACGUUGGCUUUUUUUUUGUUAAUUAAAUGGAAUUAUUGUUUGCAAUUUCAAUAAAUGUGUAAAGAUC